AUGGCAGACGAAAACAUCCGGUUCUUCGGAAACUCCAUCUCUUCUGAAUACUGGCGAGCAUACGAUGUAGACAAGCAGUUCAAACUUGCGUCCGCCGGGGAGCAUGCCUGCAGCGAGGCAGACGUUGAUCGCGCGCGCACCUGGGCUUCAACCAAGACGCCGGCUGUCGCAGGAAGUGUGCCUGACGCGUCGAGCCCGUACAAGCCCAUGGCCGACCCUUAUGAUAUUCGCGUACUCGAGAUCAAGCCGGGAAUGGAUGGCGACAAGCUGCAAGGUAGCCUGCAUCACUGUUCGCUCGAGCUGACAGGCAGGUUCGCGGUUUCCGUGGACCAGGAUAACCUCGGCACUCCCGUCUCGUAUACAGCACUCAGCUACACCUGGGGCCCGCCUGUGUUCGAGGGCGCAAUUCUCUGCGACGGCCACCGCAAGGCCAUCACCACGUCCCUCGAAGCAGCACUGCGAGCUUUUCGGAGAAAAGAUAAACCAGUCGUCAUGUGGAUUGACCAGAUCUGCAUCAACCAAGAAGACCACAGGGAGAAGGAGCAGCAGAUUCCCCUGAUGACCAGGAUCUAUCAAAACGCCACGAACACUGCCAUCUGGCUCGGGGAGUCGACCAGUGACUCUGCUUCGGCCAUAAUGCUUCUGGAAGACGUCAGAAAGCUCUUGCAGUUCACAGAGAGAGACGUCGACCCCAAGGAGUUCGAGCGGCUCUGUCUUCCGAGUCCUGACGCAGAGGUCUGGAAGGCGCUGUGGGACCUUUUUUCAAGGCCUUGGUUCACGCGGCUCUGGAUCAUCCAGGAGGUGAUUCUCUCCAAAGAUGCUUGGGUUGUGUGCGGCAGUGAUAUUACCACAUGGGACGUGCUUUCUUGGGCGUGCUUGCACCUCUCGACCUGCGGGAUAUCCCGAUGGUUGACCCAGAAGUUCGGCUCCAACGACGCGCGGAUGGCCGAGAGCAGGGAUGUUUGCCAAUCGGCGUGGCAUCUUGGCACUCUAAAAAUGAGCUUCGACAGCGUCAGCGUCAUGCUUUUCGACCUCUUGGUUGAAUCGCGAGAGGCCCAGUGCUACGACUCUCGGGACAAGGUAUACGGCCUUCUAGGAGUGUGUCAAGAUUCUGACCGGUCUGCGGUGAAGGCAAGCUACGCCGACACCUUCUCCGACGUUGAGCUCUAUCGCAAUCUGACCGCUCAUCAUCUGUCCGGUGAUCCGACGGGAUGGAGGCUAGCAGUGGUGUUCACAUCCGUCGACCAUGAGUCCCCAGACCUGCCUUCUUGGGUGCCGGAUUGGAGAAAGGCCCGCCGGACAGCGUCGCUGGGAUACCCGACUACUACGAGAGCCGUUUACCAAGCCAGCGGGCGAUUCAAGACGGCCAUAGGCAAGACUGAUGUGGUCGUGGAUAGCCAGAGACCUGGCGAAUUGCGCGUGCGAGGUAUCUCGGUUGACACCGUGGUCAGGAUGAGUGACCCGUUUGACGCCUGCCACCUGACUUAUACGAAUCCGGCCGUUAACAACAAGGCGCUGUUGGGGCUGUUCGGUUUUGUCCGCCAACUCCAAGACUAUCCUGGACAGGAUACCGUCUUCUCGGCUUUCUGGAACGCUCUUGUGGCCGGUAAAGACGAGUCAGGCAUGGCCAAGGCACCGUCCUCGUUUGAAGAGAUCAUCAGCCUUCUCAUGGACGCCACGACGGGCCUGUCGCCGUCACUUCCCGGCCAGACGUAUUCAGUGCGACAGCGACGGCCUGUGGGGAAGGGGAGACUCGAGCUGGGGAACCUGGCAUCACGCACCCCGGGUAAGACAUUUCAGGAGACUGAGACGGCGAUGGCCCGGGCUGUGACGAACCGCCGUCUGGGUAUCACAAGCAGGGGGUAUCUAGGAUUGUUCCCAGAGAACGGAAAGACGGGGGAUGACGUGCUUGUUCUUGAUGGGUGCCACGUGCCAUUUCUCAUGAGAACUGCCGGCACUAAUAGACGAAGGCUUGUCGGGGAAUGCUACGUGCAUGGAAUCAUGCAGGGAGAGGGUGUCGAAAACGUUGAUAGACUGUAG